UGGUGUCGGUGUGCUGUAACUCCACCGUGGAAAUGUCGAUAAGUUGUUACUGCAAUUCACACAGAGUGGAGCGAAUCCACGGGCGGGAGACGAGGCUGUGUGAGAUUGCUGGUGCCGUGCCUGCCCCGCCACAUGCUGGCUGUUCGAAGCCUUCUGAGUCUCGGCUUGCUGGUGGCUGGGCGGACCUCCACACACCUUCUCGCCAUCAGACACUCGACGAGGGUCCAGUUACCUGUAUGCGUCAGACAGCACCUGUGGUGGACAGAACAAGCACGCAGCAUGGCUGACGAGGGUACCAUGCGUGAGACUCCAGACAAAACGAUAAAGUAUUUAGGCCAAGAGGAGGCCCAAGCCAUUGAUCAAGAGCUCUUCAACGAGUAUCGCUUCAGCGUCGACCAGCUCAUGGAGCUUGCCGGUCUCAGCUGUGCCACUGCCAUCGCCAAGGCAUACCCUCUGGAAACCUUGCCAGCCAAGAAACAUACACUGCUCAUCAUCUGUGGUCCAGGAAAUAAUGGUGGAGAUGGGCUGGUAUGUGCCCGACAUCUCAAGCUCUUUGGAUAUGAACCAACAAUUUUCUAUCCUAAACGUCCCAACAAGCCUCUCUUCCAAGCUUUAACAACACAAUGCGAGCGGAUGGACAUCCCAUUUCUCUCAUACCUGCCAACACAGGUGCAGCUGCUGAAUGAUGCCUACAGCUUGGUGGUGGAUGCUAUUUUUGGGUUCAGUUUCUCUGGGGAGGUACGCGAACCAUUUGGAUCCAUUCUGACCACGCUCAAGCAGGUCAACAUGCCCAUUAUCAGCAUUGACGUGCCUUCAGGCUGGGACGUGGAGGCUGGUAAUCCGGACGGAAUUCAACCGCAGAUGCUCAUCUCGCUGACGGCACCCAAGCGAGCCGCAUUGCAUUUCCGUGGGAAAUACCACUUCUUGGGCGGCCGCUUUGUCCCGCCCGAUUUGGCUAGGAAGUACAACCUCACUCUCCCUGAAUACCCUGGCACUAGCUGUGUCCUCUCUCUUCUUUAGUCAUUGCUGGUAGCAGUAUAUAACAAACAAAACAACUUUCAGGUUUAUUUCAAGGUCACGAAAUAAGGAUUCUUAUUAAAUGCAUCGUAACAUGAAAGAUUAUCAAGCCACCGAGGCUAGGAUUUAUUUGUAUACGUGUUGAACUUCUUUUUUACAGUACUAGCCAACCAAUUAUUAUUGACAUUGUUAAUGCAAGAUGUGUGUCAGGCUCCGUACGUUUGUGUUAUCAGCAUUUUGCAAUGUGCUUUAAAUCCGAGUAAUUAUUUUUGAUAUUUCGACAGCAGUAUGGCUAAAUCUGCUAGGGUUUCCAAGGGUCUACAGACUGUAAAUGCAGCACUGCUCUUCCUUCGAGAUGUUUCAUUGCUAUGGAGUAUUUUAUUUUGCAACUGCUUUUUGGUAGUUACAUGUUUUGAAUUGUGAAGAUUAAUCUGUCAUGGAAUGAAUGGUCUUUAAUUGUGGUAUUCUAAAUUGCAAAAUAAAUGUGUAAGACAUCA